CUGUCAUUGUCUGGUUUCGUGGCAAGUUACCGGUAGCAAAAGGCCAUGGACAGAGGUAAAAAGCUGAGAGCGGUCGUCGUUUUGAGCUUGCCUCUCCUUUUCCAGCUCUGCAUGAGCCAGACUGUAACAGCUGAAUACGAAUACAAUAGCAACUUCACGAUUGACUACGAUGGGUAUGCGGAUAUCUGCAAGAAGGAUGAGAUCCGGCGAUUCCGUGCCGUUUUCUUACCCAUCGUAUAUUCCCUUGUGUGUUUUGUGGGGCUGGCAGGCAACUGCCUGGUCAUGGUGACGUACAUCUACUUCAAGAGGCUCAAGACAAUGACAGAUAUCUACCUCCUCAACCUCGCCAUAGCGGACAUCCUCUUCCUGCUGACUCUCCCCUUCUGGGCCUUCAGCGCAGCAAAGUAUUGGGUCUUCAAGGAGUUUGGUUGCAAAGCCAUCCACUGCAUCUGCCAGAUGAGCUUCUUCAGCGGAAUGUUGCUGCUGCUCUCCAUCAGCAUCGACAGGUAUUUCGCCAUUGUCCAGGCCCCCUCAGCCCACCGCCUUCGGUCCCAGAGAGUUUUCGCCAGCAAGGUCACCUGCCUCUCCAUUUGGAUGCUGGCUUUCGUCCUCUCCAUUCCUGAGCUGGUCCACAGGGGCAUCUAUGAGUCUGACCAACAGAAGCCACGCUGCAGCAUCCUAGCCUACAACUUGCUGGCCUUCAGCACCGGCAUCAGGAUUUGCCAGAUGCUCUUUGGCUUCUUGAUGCCUCUCCUAGUGAUGACAUUCUGCUACUGCGUCAUCAUCAGGACCUUGUUCCAAGCCCGUAGCUUCGAGAAGAACCGGGCGAUCAAGGUCCUCAUCGCCGUGAUGGUGGUCUUUGUCCUCUUCCAGCUGCCCUACAAUGGCGUCGUGCUAGCUGAGACCAUCUCGGCCUUCAACCACACCGACGGCCAAUGCGAAGUCAUCAAGCGCAUGGAUGUGGCCAAUGACGUGACGUAUGGCCUGGCAUGCUUCCGCUGCUGCCUCAACCCCUUCCUGUACGCCUUCAUAGGUGUCAAGUUCCGCAAUGACCUGCUCCGGCUCCUCAAGAACCUGGGCUGCAUCAGCCAAGCGCAGCUCUGGCAGUGGUCAACGUACCGGGAGAACACAAGGUGCUCUGUUGCCACGGAAACUGACACCACCACCACUUUCUACCCUUGAAAGGCCCUACGGGCAGGGACAUUGGACCGCCAGUCAACUUGGUGUCACAACAACAGCCUUUUCCAUUGGCCAGCGUGAGAGAUUGAAACUUGGAAGCUUUGUAUCUCACCCAGUGGGUAUGUUUUCAAGUUGCCUGAAGGGACCAACGGACUACCCCCCCCCCUCAUCCACAGAUCAACUCACCUAAUUCAGACUGUUGCAUAGAGUAAAGAGAUGUGGACUGCAGGAAAGUUGCUCACGGAUCUCAAGGAAGUGAGCUGAUGGCGGGGACAAAACUUUGCCUAUGAACUAGAAGAGUGAGCCUAAAUAAAUGUGGGUUUCCACCUGGUUUUUGUCACUACAAUACCCAUCAUACCUGACCACUGGUCCUGCUAACUAGGGAUGAUGGGAGUUGUAGUCCAAAAACAGCUGUAGUCGCAAGUUUGAGAAACCCUGGCCUAAAUGAAUGUAAGAAGAGUUGUGUUGGAUCAGGCCAAAGGCCCAUAUAUCUAGGCCAGCGUUACUGUUCUCACAGUGGCCAGAUACCUAUAAGAAGCCCACUGCCUUCUCACACAGGACUUGGUCUCCAGGCCGCUCCCUAGCUUUGUCUCUGGGACGCUCUAUCGUUUCUCGGUGGUGAGGUAAACGCACUCUGCAGCUGCUGAGGGGCCCAUUUAAUCUACUCUUACUGAAUAUUAUCAUGUGUUUUCUAGCAGAUGGCUGUGAACACAGCUAUUCCUGGGGGUUUGCCUUAACGCAAUACCUGUCCAGAGUUUCAGACUUGUCAGAGGAAUAGCUCGUGGUGUUCAGGAAAUGGUCUCUCAGCAGGAGCCAAAUGUUAGAAGAUGGCCUCUUGAGACAAGAAUAUGUUCUAAAACCCGGGAGAGAUUGGGUGAUGUGGCAUACCUUCCCUAUUCCCUCAAGUUAUGGAAGGUCCGUGUUGGGGAGAGAAGCCGCAGUUAGUGAUUGGGACUCAGAAGGAGGCAGAGAGAGAUCUUUGAACUCUGGAAAGUGCUAUUUUGAGGGCUGCCUUUCUAGCAGUCUGAUGUGGGACGGUAGCAUUUGCUGCUUGUGAGACGGUUGAGCUGUGCCUCCACCUAUGUUCAACUUGUACAUUCGUAAAUAAACUCAAAACUCAAAAUAUUAACAGAAACACCUAAGUUUGUUUGCUCCCUUCAAGAGGAAUCAAGUACUGCCCUUGGAACUUCUCCUCUCUUAUUAUUAUUAUUAUUAUUAUUAUUAUUAUUAUUAAUCAUCAUCAUCGUCACUGAAUUAUUAAUUGCCUUCUAAGCCACUGCCUCUUGGCAAUUUGUAUAUAAGAGAAUUCAAGGCAGUUAAAACCGCAAAGGGUACAUGUAAAACAUGACCGGAAGCCUGACAAGCUCAUGGAAAACCCACAUUGGUCCAGCUGGGGAAAGCCUGUUGGAAUGAAAAGAAAUGUCUUUAAUUGUUUCCAGGAAAUGCAGUUAUUGGACACCUAUCACUGGGUGUCAGGAAGACUUCUAUAGAACAGGGGCAGCCACACUAAAAGCCCUGCUCUGGAUUACUGUGGAAUGCAGCUUAUGAGAUCUUUGAAACUCGCAAGAGAAACUCGCACACCGACCUCCAGGUGUGUAGGGGGAGUGGGGAAUGCAGGGAAGUGAGAAGUCCUGCGCGUCCAACUAUGAAGCCUUUGGGGAUAACACAUCACCACAAUACUAGCUACAGGUAGGUAGCCGUGUUGGUCUGACGUAGUCGAAACAAAAAAUAAAAAAAUUCCUUCCAGUAGCACCUUAGAGACCAACUAAGAUUGUCAUAGGUAUGAGCUUUCGUGUGCAUGCACACUUCUGAGUCAUCCCCAGUGCCAGAUUUACAUAUAAGCUAAACAAGCUAUAGCUUAGGGUCCCACUCUCUUGGGGGCCAUAAAAAAAAUUAAAGGGGGAAAACUGGAUGUACAUUUCUAAAAUAUAAGAUAAUAUAAUAUAAGCAGUGGAAUUUGCUACCAAGGAGUGUGGUGGAGUCUCCUUCUUUGGAGGUCUUUAAGCAGAGGCUUGACAGGCAUAUGUCAAGAAUGCUUUGAUGGUGUUUCCUGCUCGGCAGGGGGUUGGACUGGAUGGCCCUUGUGGUCUCUUCCAACUCUAUGAUUCUAU